UAAACAUUCCAACGUUAUACCAAAAAAAUAACAAAAUAGUGUGCGGUUUUCUUUGACUCACAAGCAAAAUAGAGUUUUUCAUGCAUCAUAAAACAUUAUAUGCAAUUCCUUAUUAGAUCUCAAAAAGAAAAUGAACUUGACAAAAUAUUUAGUUUUUAAUUUCUACGGUCCAAAAAUGUGGAUGGUCUUUCUUCUUCUUGUAUGGGGAUUGGUUAUUGGGACUGAAUCUUCUACAUUGACAUCUCAACCUGAAAUGGAAGCAAAUGCUAUUUACAAUAGUGGAUGGUGGAACACUUCUGAUGCUAACUAUACCAUCUCGAAUCGGUGUAAUUGGGGUCAGAUAUCUUGCAACAAGGCUGGAAGCAUAAUAAAAAUCACCAUAGACGGUUAUUCAGAUGAAGGGGUGCGGGGCAACAAUUUUGGAACACUCAACUUGUCUACUUUCCACAAUUUAGAAAGCCUUGUUAUCAUGAAUGUUAGACUACAAGGGAGUAUCCCAAAAGAAAUUGGUCACCUCUCCAAGCUCACUCAACUUUAUCUGUCCUCUAAUUCCCUUGUAGGUGAGAUACCUCCUUCACUAGGUAGUCUUAGACAAUUAAAACACUUAGACAUUUCUCACAACAGUCUUCAAGGUUCCAUUCCUCAUGAGUUGGGAUUCUUGACAAAUCUCACAACACUAGAUCUAUCUCAAAAUCAAAUCAAAGGUGAUAUGCCUCUUUCACUAGGAAAUCUCACCAAACUCACUCAUCUUAUUUUGUAUAAGAAUUUUCUUUUAGGCGAGAUACCUUCUUCACUAGGAAAUCUCAAAAAAUUAGAGUCCUUAGACAUCUCCAACAACAAAAUUGAAGGUUCUAUUCCUCUUGAGUUGGGAUUCUUGAGAAAACUCACUAGUUUAUAUCUAUCAUUCAAUAGACUCAACGGAAACUUGCCUAUUUCCAUUACAAAUCUCACACAAUUAGAAUCCCUUGAUAUCUCGUCCAAUUUUCUCACAGGUUCCCUCCCAUCUAACUUGGGUCAACUAAGUAACUUGCAAUUAUUUUGGUUAAAUAACAACUCCUUCAAUGGUACCUUUCCUAUUUCAUUAAAUAAUCUCACACAAUUAGAAUACCUUGAUAUCUCUAAAAAUUUUCUCACAGGUUCCCUCCCAUCUAACUUGGGUCAGUUAAGUAACUUGCAAUUAUUUUGGUUAAAUAGCAACUCCUUCAAUGGGACCUUUCCUAUUACAUUAAAUAAUCUCACACAAUUAGAAUUCCUUGAUAUCUCUCACAAUUAUCUCACAGGUUCCCUCCCAUCUAACUUGGGUCAAUUAAGCAACUUGCAAUUCUUGUUGUUAAAUAACAACUCCUUCAGUUGGACCUUUCCUAUUUCUUUGAAUAAUCUUACAAAAUUAGAAUACCUUGACAUGUCAUAUAAUUUUCUCACCGGUUCCCUUCCAAUUUCGUUAAGAAAUUUCUCUCAAUUAAAAACCCUUAACAUUUCCCACAAUUUUCUCCUUGGUACCCUUCAUUCAAAUUUGUUUCCAUUCACAUAUAAUAAAGCUUCAAUUGACCUCAGUCACAAUAACAUUAGUGGUGAAAUUCCUUCUACGCUAGGAGAUUUUCAACAACUUCUUUUAAACCGUAAUAAUCUCAGUGGAACAAUUCCCCAAUCUAUUUGUAAUGUCUCUUAUGUUGACAUUUCCUACAAUUAUUUGAGGGGUCCCAUUCCAUUUUGUGUUCAUCCUUCUGCAGUAAUAGGGAACAAGGAUGUAUGUAAUAACACUUCAUGCGAUCAUAUCUACUUCCAAGAUUUCGUUUCAGAAAACAAAUUCUACUUUCAACCUUGCUCGCCUAUUUUUCAACCGUGCCCGCCUGUUUUUCAACCUAGCCCACCUCCCAAGAAAAUUAAUAAAGUAAAUCACCAUGUUGCCAUUUUUCUUCCUAUCCUUAUUGUUCUAAUCUUAGCCUUCUCAAGUCUCGUAUGCUUUAAACUUUGUAAUAAUUCUACGAAGAAAAAGAAUGGAAACACAACGACAACAAAGAAUGGAGAUGUGUUUUGUAUAUGGAAUUAUGAUGGUAAAAUAGCACAUGAUGACAUCAUUAGAGCAACAGAAGACUUUGACAUGAGAUAUUGUAUUGGUACAGGAGCAUAUGGAAGUGUUUAUAAGGCGCAAUUACCAUGCGGAAAAGUUGUAGCCUUAAAAAAACUUCACGGUUAUGAAGCAGAAGUGCCGGCUUUUGAUGAAAGUUUUAGAAAUGAAGUGAAAAUAUUAUCAGAAAUAAGGCACCGACAUAUUGUGAAGCUUUAUGGAUUCUGCUUGCACAAAAGAAUCAUGUUUUUGAUCUAUCAAUACAUGGAGAAAGGAAGCUUGUUCUCUGUCUUGUAUGAUGAUGUAGAGGCCGUGGAAUUCAAUUGGAGAAAAAGGGUUAACAUUGUUAAAGGAGUAGCAUCUGCUCUUUCAUAUCUUCAUCAUGAUUGCACGACUCCAAUAGUGCAUCGAGAUGUAUCUAGUGGAAAUAUCUUGCUAAACUCCGAGUGGCAGCCUAGUGUGUCUGACUUUGGCACAGCUCGACUCCUUCAACAUGAUUCAUCCAAUCGAACAAUAGUUGCUGGAACAAUAGGAUAUAUAGCUCCUGAGCUUGCAUAUACUAUGGUUGUGAGCGAAAAUUGUGAUGUAUAUAGUUUUGGAGUAGUAGCACUAGAAACUUUACUGGGAAGGCACCCUCAAGAACUAUUGUCUUCACUUCAGUUAGCAUCAACUCAAAGUAUGAAAUUAUGUGAAGUAUUAGACCAACGUCUUCCAUUUCCAAAUAAUGGGAUGGUUUUACUUGACAUAAUUCGUGUAGUCGUAAUAGCAUUUGCAUGCUUAAAUUUCAAUCCUAGCUCUCGACCAACGAUGAAACGUGUGUCACAGAGCUUUGCCAGUGAGCUUACACCAUUAACCAUUCCUUUGAGUGAAAUUUCAAUGCAGCAACUUAUGAGUCAAGAAUUCAAAGCAUUAUUUCAUAUUCUCAACCAUUGAAAGGAAAACUUUGGUCUGUUUCUUGCCGGCAGUGCAGCAGUGCUACUGUCAUAUGUCUGGUUCUUCGGUGCAACGGUUCCUCAGUGCAAAUUGGCUUUGGUUUUUAGGUAUUGUUUAGUUGUGUUUUGAGUGACUUGUGGUUUUGACAGGUUGUGUUUUGUUGUAUUGUGUAAUAAGAUUCAUAUUGGCAACUCCUCUGUGCUUAACAUAUAGAGGGAAAUUUAGAAAAGUUACCAAAUAUUUUUAUUA